GCGGGACAAGGCGAAGCGGGAGGGGCCCGGGCGGCCGUAGGGCCACGCUCCGGCUGUGGGCUCUGCGCGAGAGAGACCAUGUCUGGGGGCAGCGGCUGCAGCCAGACCCCAAGUCGGGCCAUCCCGGCCACUCGCCGGGUGAUCCUCGGCGACGGCGUGCAGUUGCCGCCCGGGGACUACAGCACCACCCCCGGCGGCACGCUCUUCAGCACCACCCCGGGAGGUACCAGGAUCAUCUACGACCGGAAGUUCUUGAUGGAGUGUCGGAACUCCCCUGUGACCAAAACACCUCCGAGAGACCUGCCCACCAUUCCCGGGGUCACCAGCCCUGCCAGUGAGGAGCCCCCCACAGAGCCCAGCCAGAACCACUUGCGCACCAGCCCGGAAGAUAAGCCAGCCGGCGGUGAAGAGUCACAGUUUGAAAUGGACAUUUAAAGGACCAGCCGUUGAAUCGAGCAAUGCCUAGGGGCCCCCCUGGCCCUUCUCGGGAGAAAAGUCACACCAGCCAGGCCUUUUGCAAGUCAUAAUCCUGGGCAGGCAUUGAGUAUGGGGUCGGCCAUCCCGGCCCUCUGCUUCCUCAUUCAGGGCACCUGCUCCCCCUUCCUCUUCGAGAACACCAGCGGAUACCUCUACGUGCCUCCCUUCAGGCGGGAGCUGCCACCCUAAGGGGAGUGACUCUCGUGGGCACAGCCUGCAGCCCAGGGCCAGGAUUGGAUGUGGAGGAGCCCUUCUGAGUGAUUAUCCAGCUCUUCCCGCCCCAGCCUCUGGGGGCGCACCCACCCCUUCCUUAGGUUGGUGUCCCCUCCUUCCCCAAGAGAGGAAAUAAAAGCCACCUUCGCCCUAGGGCCAAGA